AUGACGUCACACAUCGACAUAACCACUAUUCAACAAGUCAUGGACUCGAAGACCAGCGUAACCGCACACAUGCGAAAUGAACUGUAUAGUAAGUCCAAAUUCAAAAAGCCUCAGAUCCAUACCAACAAUGCCCAGCAAACCGAAUACUCCACUGAUAACCCGCUCAACCGCGAGCCUCCGCUCAAGAAGCUCAUCUCAAGUUUCCUCACACCCCCUGAUAUCUCCUACGACCGCAACCACGGUCCCAUCCCUCAUCUUUCUGCAGAAUCCCACACCGUCCGCGUAGACGGCCUCGUCUCUCACCCUCUCACGCUAUCCAUCCAGCAACUUCGCACCGAGUUCCCUCAACAUGAAGUUACCUGUGCAUUGGAGUGUGCCGGGAACAGACGACACACGAUGCGCACCAUGCUCAAGGAAGUCCAGGGUAUAGAUUGGGGCGAUGCAGCCGUGAUGAACUGCGCAUGGAAGGGACCGCGAGUGAGAGAUGUGUUGCGUAGAGCUGGGGUCAGUGAUCGUGUCCUCGACCCUGACCCUGACAUCAGUCUAGGUCUCGGUCUCCAUGUCGCGUUCUCGUGCUACCAGGUCCCAUGUCAGGACGAUGGCUGGUUCGGGAGUAGUGUACCGUUGGAGAGAUGCUGGGAUGUUGAGAAUGAUGCUGUGCUUGCUUUGGAGAUGAACGGAUCCACCCUAUCUCCGAAUCAUGGCUAUCCUGUCCGAGUCGUCCUCCCUGGAAUUGCGGGCGCCAGAUGGGUAAAAUGGCUCGACCACAUCACAGUCCAAGACCAUGAGACCUCAAACUUCUAUCAGCAACAUGAUUAUAAGAUUCUGCCUCCCGAGGCCGUAGAUGCUGUCUCUGCGGAGCCGUUCUGGGCCGUUACCCCAGCGAUGUGCGAUAUGCCGAUAAACUCUGUCGUCGCGGUGCCGGACGACCACGAGACGGUGCGAUUGUUGGGGUCUGGAGAGCUGGAGGUGAGAGGGUAUGCAGUUCCCAAAGGUAGAGAUGGGCCUGUUACGAGAGUGGAGGUGUCUGGGGAUGGGGGGAGGACUUGGGUGGAUGCUGAGAUUGAGAGUGGUAAUUCCGGGAAUACUAGGUGGUGUUGGGUGCUAUGGAGAGCUAAGGUUGUGGUUCAGAGGGGAGUAGGGAGGGAGGUGUUGAGUCGCGCGUUCGAUAAAGGUGGGAAUGUUCAACGGCUGCACUCGCCUUGGAAUCUGCGAGGGGUUGGAUAUAAUGGAUAUGGAAGGGCAAGGGAGUUGGUGGUGGUUUAG